CGCCUGUUCGAGUUUAAAAUUGCUCACGGCACUUCAUUUAUUCGUCUGGUGAGCGCCGCGCGGUAGUGUUGUGCUGUUGCGGUAGCGCGCGCAUUUACGUUCACUGCCUUUUUGCUAAGUUUUCGAAGUAGUUCAAAAAACUCAAAAUAGCGCGUCGAUCAUCUAAAAAACAGCUACUUAAAAAAAAAAAUCCGCUCUCGAAAUCGCUACGCUACAAAUAUACAAUAAUGACAGCUGAAAUAACGAACCACACACUGCCAACAGCGAGUGGUGGCGAACAGGUGGAGGCUAACAAUAAGAAGGUGGAGGAUGAUUGCACGCUCGAUGGCAUCCUUGUGCGUAUCGGACAAUUCGGGCGCUUUCAACUCUUCAACUAUGUGCUGUUGUGCAUACCUAUGAUCUUCAAUGCGUUCUUUUCCAUUUCUUAUGUGUUUACUGCGAGUACGGUGGUGCACAGGUGUAAUGUGACGCAAUGUGAUAGCUCGGCAAGUGCUUACAAUGAGCCGUGGCUCAAUUAUACCAUACCCAUGAAGGGAUCCAGCUAUGAACAGUGCGCUCGCUUUGUUGCUACCAACAAUGCUGAUGCCGAUCCGUCAAGUGAAUUUUGCACACCUGCAUACUUUAGCCAAAAUGUUACCGAGAAAUGUGGAAAUGAUUUUAAAUUCCGUGAUGAAGAGUAUACAAUAUCCAAUGAGUUCUCCAUAUUCUGCUCAGAUAUAUGGAUAUUGACAAUGGUUGGUACGGUAAAUAAUAUUGGACAAUUUGUCGGUAUACCAGUGGGUGGCUUCUUUGCAGAUCGCCUAGGUCGUCGCACGAUGCUCGCCGUAGGUGGUUUUCUCAGCGCAAUAAUGGGUUUAUUGCGUUCCAUAUCGAGCAGCUACUAUAUGUUCAUCGUAUUUGAAUUCGUCGAUAUGGCCGUUGGCAGUACACUCUUUCCAACUGCCUUUCUACUGGCCAUCGAGUUGGUAGGACCAAAGCGUCGCGUUGCCGCAGCUACUAUCAUCACAAUUUUCUACUCGCUGGGUGAGGCCCUAUUGGGCGUUUUAGCACAGCAAUUCCAAAAUUGGCGCAAUUUAUUGCGCGUACUCUACGCACCAGCAAUUCUGCAGAUACUCUUCCUUUUUAUACUACCGGAAAGUGUACGGUGGCUAUUGAGCCAGGGUAAAGAGGAGGAGGCUACACGUAUAUUAAAACGUGCUGCACGCAUAAAUAAACGCGAAAUACCAGAGGAAGAUCUUAAAGCCUUGGUGGAAGAAAAUCAAGCAAAACUCGAAGAGGCACGUGAAAGUCAUUAUCCUAUAGUGAAGGCUUUGAAAAUGUUCCGUUGGCGUAUAUUAAAUUGUUGUUUGUGCUGGUUUACGCAUACUUUGGUGGCCUUAGGACUGAGUCUUACCUCAGUCACUUUGGGUGGCAAUAAAUACACGAAUUUCCAGCUGAAUGGCGUAAUACAAGUGCCGGGAUUAAUUUUGCCACUGUUGAUUAUGGAUCGAAUUGGUCGCCGCUACUCGCUUUGUGGUUCCAUGCUGUUAUGCGCACUCUGUAUGGGCAUCACAGCGUUGGUGGGGAGAAAUCACGCUGCUGCCGAAUUGGUGCUAUUUUUAAUAGGAAAACUUGCAAUUACAUGUAGUUUUCAGAUUUUAUACUUUUUCACCUCAGAAAUAUUCCCCACCAAUGUUCGCAAUAGUUUGCUAUCAUUUUGUUCUAUGGUUGGACGCAUCGGUUCGAUGUUGGCGCCACAAGCACCGCUCUUGGCCAAUUACUAUGAGUACGCACCUCAAAUACUUUUCGCCAUCUUUGCUUUGAUUAGCGGCACCUUAACUCUACUAUUUCCAGAAACAACUGAUAAGGUGCUACCUACAACGCUACAAGAUGCCGAGCAUUUGAAUGAUAAAAAUCAUAAAAAUGCUAAAAACAUUGAUGAAUAACGGUGAUUGGGGGGUCGGAGGACGUUUUGUGUUAGAACUAUGUUGUCAAUGGCAAAUCUUUUUAGUUAUUUUUUAUAUUACGUUUAAUUUAAGAGUGCAUGGUCGUGUUUGUAUGUAGAAAAGUGAAAAUGUGUCACAGUCAAGGCAUUAUGCCUUGGCACAUAAUUAUUGAAUAAAAUCAGUUCAAAAAUAUAAAUACAAAGGAACUUUUGUGGU